UUUUAACUUACCCCUUACUGAAUAAGUAAUAAACAUAUAAAUAACUGUAAUUUGUUAUAAAAAGAGAUAUAGAAAAAUCAUGUAUAUCCAUUUACAUUCUAAAAGUUGUUAAAAUUAAUGCAUAAGUCUCGGAUCAUUCAGAUUCUACUGAAAUGUUUACUCUACUUCAUGGAUUUUUUAAAUAUUUAAUGCAAAAGGAUGAAUAUUGUGUUUUGAUACUCGGAUUGGAUAAUGCUGGUAAAACGACUUAUUUAGAGGCAGCAAAAACAAAGUUUUCGAAAAGACAGAAAGGCAUGCAUCCCAGUAAAAUUACAACGACGGUUGGCUUGAAUAUAGGUCAAAUAGAACUUGGUGGGUCUAAACUCAGUUUUUGGGACCUCGGAGGGCAGCAGGAGCUACAAUCUCUUUGGGAUAAAUAUUAUGCAGAAUCACAUGCUAUUAUAUAUGUUGUCGAUUCUUCUGACAGAGAAAGAGUUGAAGAAUCAAAAGCUACAUUUGAUCGGAUGAUUUGCAAUGAAUUUUUAUCUGGAGUACCACUAUUAUUGUUGGCUAAUAAACAGGAUCUACCUGAUUGUAUGGGUGUUAGAGAUAUUCGUCCUGUAUUUCAACAAGCUGGCCCCCAUAUUGGUAGACGCGAUUGUCUUGUUAUGCCAGUAUCUGCUUUAACAGGUGAAGGUAUUGAUGAAGGUAUUCGUUGGCUUUUGGAUUCUGUGAAGCGCAAUUCUGUUGUUCGCCCUCCAAAAUUACAAGAUGAGACUUAAACAAUGUAUUUGCACUAAAUUUAAAUUUUAUUUUUAUAUACAAC